CCAUCUGAUGCAUUUUGGGAGAUGAAGGUGUAUAGCAACCUAGGGGCAAGACACUAGAGCCCGGCUCCCGUCUCCUGCAGUCCUGCUCCGGAAAAAUACUGCACCAGGAAUGACCGGCAUCCUGACCAGCUGAUGUGCUUCAGACAAGAGGCGUAUGUUAUUUAUGAAGUCAAGGCUGCUGAGGGGAGGGACCUUCAGGAGUUUGUUGACUCGGAGCGAGCGAGCCACUUAAACAGAAGUUGUGGAGUAAGAAGGAGGGACGAACUGCUGAGCGUGAGCUCCAGUAUCUAGGAUUACAGAGCGAGAGUACCUGCUCACUGAGAAUAGUGAAACUGUUUUGUGCCCUCCCUGCCGCGGGCCCGGGACAGGCAGAGGACAGGGCACACGGGACACAGGGUACAGGGCACGAUUAUGGGACAGGGAGCGAGUACUCGGACUUUAAACCCGAACCCUGCCUACAUAACAGGUGAUGAAGUGGAUCAUAGCGUCCCGGAGAGCGAUGGAGCAGGAAACCCUGUGGCGAAGGGCAAGGGCAAGUUCCCCAGCCUGGGCAAUUUUUUCAAACCCUGGAAGUGGAGGAAGAAGAGAAGCAGCGAAAAGUUCAAGGAGACAUCUGAAGUGCUGGAGAGGAAGAUUUCGAUGAGGAAACCCAGAGAGGAGCUGAUCGAGCGAGGGUUACUGAAGGACAUCCCAGAAAAUAGUACGGCAACCCAGCUUGCUCAUGAGAGUAAUGACGUGAAUCACAAAGCUCCUCCGGUGAAGAACGGCCACACUGCUCCAGUGCCUGGAGAGCGCAGGUCAGACACAGGGUCAGAGGUCAAGGCGCCGUCUUCACGGCCACAAGGAGAAGAACAGAGGAACAGCCUCGCACCCGAACCGGAGCGCCGCAACCGAGCGCCCUCCGACGUCAGUCGCAACCGCCAGCCGCUGGACGUGGACGCUCGGACGCGGAUACCACCCGACACAGACCGACGCAGCCGACCCGAGUCAGACCUGGAGAGACCAGCGGGAUCUUUACAGAGAGAGAGACCAGGACAGGAGGAGGGACGAUAUCGGCGGGAGGAAAGAGACGAGAAAGCAGGCAAGGACCGAGAACGACGGGAUAGAAAAGAUGACCGGGAAGGAAGAGGCGAACGCAGAGAUGAACGAGAUAGACGAGACAGGAGGCCGGAUAAAGAGGACGGGUAUGGAAAAGGUGAGCGAGAGGAACGCGAGAAAGAGAGGAGGAAUGACAGGGAAAAGCGGGAAGAGAAAGACUUGAGAGAAAACAAGGACAGAAAACAGCCACGGGACAGGAAAGAGGAUCACGAAAGACGGGAUGAGCCCGAGAGAGUAGACGAGCGAAAGGAGCAGAACGAGAGGAGAGAAGACCGGGAUCGGGAUAGACGCGAGGAAAGAGACCGGAAAGAUGAGAGAGAACGGAGAGACGUCAGGAGGCCAGAGCCUGUGAAACAUGUGUCCGAUGGGAAACUCUUCCGGCCUCAGUCAGAACAGGAGAUGCGUCCUCUUUCUCAGAAGAGCUCGUCUGACAUCGGACUGAAGGUCCGGCCCUUUUCAGAGGCCGUCCAGAGCAGCACACUGCCACGAUACACACCUGCAGAGGAGGAGUCCAGGGCACGCACAGGAUCAGUGGGUGUGCGGUUUGUUCCCGAGCCCAAACCUGCACCAAUCACCUCCACUAAAGAGUCCCAGCUGCCCCCUAAACAGGCCAUUCUCCCUCCAAAGUGGCUGAUGGGUUCCUCCUCCACUGAGACUGCUCCGGUCCCAUCCUCCUCCUCCUCCUCAUCAUCAUCGUCUUCAUCAUCAUCCUCUGCUCCUCCCAUUGCUAAGCCUCCUCCUCGGACUGUGUCUUUAAACGUAGACGACUCCUCCCGCAAUAAUCCCAGUCCUCCCGUAACAGCAGGAGACUGUGAAGUCCCUCCCACUGCUCCCUCCCAAUCCACCCCUCCCACGGCACCCUCCCACUCCAACCCUCCCACUGCUCCCUCCCAAUCCACCCCUCCUGCCCCCAAACAGCCACCAGUGCCCCCUCCCAAACCCACCCAGCACAACAGCAACACAGCGCUGCAAGCUUCAACGUUACAAAGAUCUUACAAAGCUUCGCCUCCUCAGUACUGGACGAGAUGGAGAUGGCAGGCAGACUCUGGAGGCUAUCUCUCCCUGCCCACCUACCUCAGCCAAAGGGGUGCUCAGCUCCGCCCAGUGGAUCCCUCUCAAGUCCCGGUCCAAGUCAAGCGAUCUCCUCCCGUUCCUCCAAAGAGGAUGACUCCUGUGACCAAACACCACUCAGAUGACUCUUCGGCCAAUCAGCAUGAGCCUCCGUCUCCAGGCCCCACCUCCAUCCCAGUCCCAGCCCCUGCUUCUGUCCCGCCCCCUGCCCAAUCAGAUGACAGUAGAAACUCAAACUCUGAAGCACUCUCUCCUCCUCCGAACCAUAUCCCGCCAACCCCUCCUCGUGCCCACCCACCCCCUGAGGUCCCCCACGUGGACCCGCCCAGCCCUACCACAGAGCCGCCCUCUCAUCUGCCCUUACCUCUGUACUUGCGUAUCCAGAAAGCCUUGAGCAGCCCAGGCCCAGUCCAGGCCAACCCGGAGGGAUCCCAGCGAGCUCAUUCGCUUCUGUUUGAAUUACCGCCGGACUUUCUCACGGAGGCCCCAGGAGGGGGGCGGUACUCUCUUCCCGUCACUAUCGAACCUCUGCGACUGCCUGAAGAUGAUGAUUUUGACAUUGAAGAAGAGCUGGAGAAGCUGCGACCCGCCCCUCGGCCCACACAGCAGCCGGAGCUGGAGGCGCGCAGUCGUCGCUGUCUGGUGGGAGACCCGCGGGUCACUAUCAUUCCUGAAGAUGCGGGACAUGCAAACAGUGAUGAUGAGGACGGUGGGAGUGAUUCGGAUGGACCCAUCCUUUACAGAGACGACGAUGAAGAAGAUGAGGAUGUUCCCAUGAGUGGUCUCGCGCUCCGUGUGAAGCGUAAGGACACUUUGGCACUGAAGCUGGAGCGUCAGCUGGAGAAGGAGCAGUCUCCGGACCAGGAGAACAUCACCUGGAACAACAAAGAGCAGUGGGAAGCUGUCCGCAGCAAGAUCGGCACCGCACUCACAAGGAGGUUGAGUCAGAGACCCACCGCACAAGAGCUUGAGCAGAGAAACAUCCUGCUAGCCAAGAAUGAAGCUGACCGACGAGCAGAAAGGAGUGAAAUCAAGCGCAGACUGACCAGAAAGUUGUCCCAGAGGCCCACGGUGGCCGAGCUGCAGGCCAGAAAGAUCCUGCGCUUUCAUGAGUAUGUGGAGUCCACUCACGCUCAAGACUACGACCGGCGCGCAGACAAACCCUGGACCAAACUCACCCCUGCUGACAAGGCGGCCAUAAGAAAAGAGCUGAACGAGUUUAAGAGCUCAGAAAUGGAAGUUCACGUGGAGAGCAGGAUAUACACCAGGUUUCAUCGGCCAUAAUCGUCAUCUGAGAGGAGGAAGCAGCUAAAAGCCUGAUCUCACCGCAGCAUCCUGUUUGCCAUGAUCCAGGCCAGCCGCUCAGUGCUCUGGACAGGAAGUGAUGCGGGUGUGUGCAGGAAGCUGCUACUCUUUCAUUCAGACACUUGGGGAGCAGGUUUAGAGGACCAGCGCUCUGCAGAGUAUUUCCAGGAGAAGAGGACACAGGACUGGUUUAAUUGUCUUCAUGGUGCACACGUUUCUGAGAUCAAGAAUAGGCUUGUGUACAUAACAAUAAUACUUUUAUGGAAAUUAUGACACUGGUGAUUAAACUGUUUGAGUGGUGAGCGAUUGUGAGAGAUGUGGUUGGUUGGGUGUGUGUGAAAGUGUGUGUGUGUGUGUGUGUAAUGAUAAAUGCUGUCCACUUCUGCCUUAACACUGGUGCAUGACUUUCUUUAGCAUGACUUCUGAGGAAUACAGAAGACGGUCUGUUGACAGCUGCAUUUAGCACUGUUUCUCACGCUGAACACACACUUACUGGUGUGUGUGGGUCUGAAAGCACAUCUUUGAUAUUCUCAGGACAUCAGCACACAGUCUCACUUUCUCUUUAUGUGCAUUUUACUGUAAAUCACCAUAGUUUUACCUUUUCACACUGAUAAAACACCUGCUUUAAUCUUUGUUACUCUCUCUUUUUAACCGUAUAGCACUCCACUUUAGAUAUUUUAAAGUGAAUCCCACAAAAACAGUCCAUAUUUUAUCCCUGAAAUCAUAAGAAUGUUUUUUUAGCAUGGAGAAAAUUAAGUCUAUACAUCAGAAAGCAUUGUGAUAUUAUUUGCAUCAUUUAAGCAUCAUUUCCCCCUUAAUUAUUCUAAUAGUAUGUUUCUCAUGUGCAUUAAACUCAAUGGUAAAUAUUGUUACUGUAAUAGAUUUUUUUUUAUUACAGUAAAAUACUAAAAUACACUUUUUUUCAUAUAAACAUGGAUUAAAAGCAAUUAAAAAACAUCAAGUUACCAUAAUAAAAUGUUUUAUUUAUUUUUAUUUCAUUUUCUUUUUUGUCAUAUCACUGGAAUGAUUUUUUUUUUUCUUCACAAUGCCAAACAUUUGAAUGAUCCUAAAGCUCCUUCUUUAAGCAAAGCGUUAUUUUCUUUUUUUCUUUUUUGGUGUCAACAUAUUGUUGACCGUUUUCAUGAGAUUCAGCUCUUGAUGAUGAUAUAAUUCACCAUGCAUUGAACAAUUGAAAACAAAAUGGUUGAUGUUACAUCAUGCAGUUAUUGUAAAAAUCAUGCGUUUUUGAGUGGUACAGAAGAUGAAACUCAUUUCCAUGUCACUGCUUGUGUAAUGCUACACGUUUUGUAGGCCAGAGGACCUGUGCACUGUAUAGAGACAUGCUGUAGAUUCAAUUGUAUUGUAUAUCUCGUCUUCCUGAUAUCAGAAAUGUGUUUGAAUUGUAAUUAUAGUGUUACACUAUCCUGUUUUUAUAAGGUACAAACAGAAUGACUACAGGUUAAGUGAUACAAUGACAUGGUACAGAACAGCUGUAUAGAUACUUUUUUAUGUAAAGCUAUAUUAAAAGGUCUGUCGAUUAAUACAUGUGCAUUCAUUUCA